CUCGUAAUCCUAAAUAAUGGGAUAGGGGCGGAACAGACGGACAUCCGGAAGCGGAAGUGUCCCGUUUCCGUUCCCACAGUUCGACAGGUAGUGGCAGACUGAGCAGAAGUGUCCAGUUUCCGUUGUCACAUUUUGACAGUCAUCCAAACCUGAUGAUUGUACGGCAGCUGACCUCCAGAAGCCCUAUCAAACUUUUUGCUCAACUGAGGAAAUGUUGGGACAGCCCAAGCAUGACCAGACCCAGUUCGGACCUGGCCGCAUUUAGGGAGCUCUUUUCCAAGGCCUCCAAUAUAGCCAUCCUCACCGGAGCAGGUGUGAGUGCAGAGAGUGGAGUCCCCACCUUCAGAGGGGCCGGGGGCUACUGGAGAAAGUGGCAAGCUCAGGAUCUCGCCACUCCCGAGGCCUUCUCCAGAAACCCGUCCCGUGUUUGGGAGUUUUACCACUACCGUCGCGAAGUCAUGCUUAGCAAAACCCCGAAUCCUGCUCACCUGGCCAUUGCGCAGUGCGAGGAACGUCUGGCCGGCCAGGGCCGCCGAGUCACUGUCAUCACUCAGAACAUUGAUGAACUUCACUGCCGUGCUGGAUCCAAAAACAUCCUGGAAAUUCACGGAAGUCUGUUUAAAACGCGUUGCAUGAGUUGCGGCCAUGAAGCGGCCAAUUACAAGAGCCCCGUUUGUGCCGCUCUGGAGGGAAAAGGAGCUCCGGAGCCAGGAACACAUGAUGCUCAGAUCCCUGUCCAGGACCUACCCAGGUGCGAACAAGCCGGCUGUUCCGGCCUUCUGAGGCCAGCCGUCGUUUGGUUUGGAGAGGCUCUUGAUUCGGAUACCUUAAGUCGAGCGGAAAAAGUGCUGGAUAUCUGUGACCUCUGCUUGGUGGUUGGCACUUCUUCUGUGGUAUAUCCGGCAGCCAUGUUUGCUCCUCAGGUGGCCGCUAGAGGCGUGCCCGUGGCCGAGUUCAACAUGGAAGACACACCGGCCACCAUGCGUUUCAAGUUUCAUUUUCAUGGGCCUUGUGGGACGACUUUACCCCCUGCUUUGAGUGCCCACCCAUCUGAAAAUCAAUGAAAACUAUCAACUGCUUGAUUGUAGGAUGAUGAUUAGAAAAAAACGGCGUCGGGCGUAAGUCAUUAUUUGUUCCUUAGUAGUAAAAUUUGAAGCCAGCGUGCAGCAGACUUGAAAACUGUCAAAUGCAAGUUCCUUCAUUUAGUCGCCUGAGAAGUGCAAAAUAUUAGGUCAUCGGAAAAACAACUCGCGCCAGUCUUGUGUAUUUGGUGUGUGGCAGCAGGGGGCAGUGUUAACCCGCUGCUAUGCCAAACGCUCCACUAAACACAAGGGCAAGUUUUCUACUGUGGUACAGCUUAGACGCCAAAGAAAACUGUCAGUGCUUCAUUACAUGAAUUGUUACAUGAUGAAAAUGUCAGUCAAAGUACUCAUUAAAAAACAUUUUCUUGUCAUUCA